AUGCAUAUCUUGUCCGAGCCCGACGUGGCAAAGGUCUUCCGGUGCUUGAACCAGGAGAAAUGCCACGACUUCGUCGAUGACCUAGGCAAAGCACUAGUUGCCAUAUCCGCAGAAUCAAAGCCCAAUGUUCCAGAAUCGGAGAAGUUGAUUCAUCAGCCACUUCGCACCGUUUUCAGCACGAGGGCUCACAACUCGUGCAUCUUCAUGCCCGUGUCUGACACCGUGAGCACCGGGGUUAAAGUUGUCACCGUCGCCAGUGGCGGUAUACGGGGUGUGAUCAAUGUCUUCUCGCCAGACGGCCGGUUACAGGGACUUCUUGCAGCGGCAGAAGUUACAGCCUUCCGUACGGCACUUGCCUCUAUGGCACUAUUUGUCCGUUGCGCCUCUCUCUGCAAAGAGAAUAUCCUCGUCCUUGGAUCCGGUCGGCAGGCAGAAUGGCAUGCCCGACUAGCUCUUCUCCUCUAUCCAAAACAGAUUCGCCAAAUGACUUUCGUCAACCGCGGCCGUCAACGACUUGACGACCUGGAACGCGACGUACUGGGAGAUUUGCGUCAACGGUAUCGCGAUAUCAAAUUCUCCACUUUUGCAAAAGAAGGCACAGCAGAUUACGAGGUGAGGCUCCUCAAGGCUCUACAAGCCUGCAACGUCAUCUUCAGCUGCACGCCAUCGAGUGAACCCAAUUUCCCCUACUCUGCGCUGGAAUCAGUACCCAAACAGCGCUUCAUCUCACUCAUUGGAUCGUACAAGCCUCAUAUGCACGAAAUAGAUACCGAGACAUUGCUCUCUGGUGGAGGCAGAAUUUACGUUGACUCGAAAUCGGCAUGUAUGGAGGAGUCGGGUGAGCUGAAGACAGCACAGGUUACGGAAGACCAGUUGACUGAGAUGGGUGAUCUCCUGGGAGAGCUUAGUCCUGGGCAGGCGCUUGAUAUUCCGAAUGGGUGUAAUGUCAUUUACAAGUGUGUUGGUAUGGGUCUAAUGGAUCUUGUCGUUGGAAAGAAGGUGCUCGAUGUGGGGAAGGAACUGGGACUUGGGACUCAUGUGGAUGGAUUCUAG